UUUUUGGUGCGGGCAAAUACCUACCGCAUCGAUUGUUAUGUAGUUGCUGCGAUCCUAUGGAGAACGGCAGCCUAUUUACCCUCUUUCCUAACCUUUGAAUAGGCAAAAACCAGCUAGCCCCCCUCCCAGAAAACCCUACGGGCCAACCAACUUUGUGCAGCCACCGAAGUCAGGUCACCGACAGGCCUCGCGAACUGUCCUCGUCGACUGUCCUCGCCGACGGCCCUCACUGACGGUCCUCACCGACGUCCAUCGCCGACGGGCCUCGCCGAAGCAACUGUUGACCGGUGAAAAUGAAGCAUCUGAACUGGUAUUUCGUUUCUGGGGGUGUGAAGGGUCGCUAUUUUCUGGGGCGGUGAUGGUGACGCGGCGGGGAGGAAGGAUUCUUGGAGCGAAGAGGAAAAGCAGAGGGACAGUGACAACAAGGGUGAGGACGGGCACCAGAAUUGAAGAUCUAUACAUGAUUUUUAAGAUCUCAGAGCACAAAAAUCAUGAACUCUGGAAAAUGGGGAAGUUCAAUAAUUGUGCAAAAAAAGGCAGAAUUUGGAGUUUUUAGGUGAAGAUUGGUUUGGGCGGAAGGUGGUUUGAUCGAAACUGGAGCGACUGAGCGGGGUUUGUUAAGCUUAUCAUCGCCACAUUCAAGCUUUUGCCAUUUUCUAUUCUUUUUGCAAGAUUAGCACCAUUGGGUUGUGAAGGGUCAACUUUGGAGAUUGAGGUUUGGUUUAUUAAUUAACGAUGACUUGCAGGAUUGAAGAUGGGAAAGUUGACUAUGUUGUCCCUCAUGUUUAUCAUAUAUGCUUUCAUUGCCUUCAACUGCACUUCUUUGGAAGCCUUCAAACUUGGACCAGAAAGACAAUUGAUUGAAGUAAGAAAUGCAUCACAAUCUGAUGACACAGUUAGAGUUGAUCCUUUGGACAGGUUGAAGAAAUACAGAGGAGGCUAUGAUUUAGAAACAUACACUACUGGAGUGAGGUUGCUGCUUUAUCCAAAGGGAAACAACACAGCUCAUUUGUCUCUAUACCUAGGUGUGCCUGACCUGCCUAGAUUACCCAAAGUUUAGUCAAGCCCUUAUUAACCAGUUAGACCCAAAGAAAACCUUUAAGAAAGGUAUAUGAUUACGUUGAAUGAGUAGUUGUUACAAAUGAUUGUUGUAAUUCUGUUUCUAUCCUCUAGUUAUUGUUUUCUCUGCAUCGCUGUAUUGAAACCAUGUACUCUGACCAUUUUGUAUCACUCUUCAGUCUUCCCCAAUGCACAAUGAGACAUCUUAACAGAUAUAGAUGCGGCUUUCUCUAAUUAUGUGUUUUAAUAUCGGAAGAGACCAAUCUUUGUCGAGAAUUGAAGUGUGUGAAGCUUGCGAUGCAUUGGUGAUACAAGUGUGAUAAUUUAUUGUAAACUACUACGUAUUAGUUUUUAUAAACUUUAAAAGAUGAGGAUUUCUAUUGUAUGCAUAGUGAACUUUGGUGAUGUAUACCUUAGUUAUUUUGGAAUUAUGAUUUUGGUUUAUGAUGUAAGAUGCUCUUGUUGAAAUUUGAAUGUUUUUUAUUUUAUAAAUAGCAUAUGUUUU